UGUCCUCGACGCUCGUAUACCGCUUUCCGUUUUUACCCUCUGUUCGUGUUUUAUUGCGAAUUGAAUCGUCUCUCUGAUUUUCACAUGUGGACUCGGUAAAACACAAUCGAGUAUUAGUCGGACAGAGUGUCAAAAGUUGCGCGAUUAUGGGGGCGGACAUUGGUCCGACAAAGAGAGACAAAGUGACAGGCGAAGAGAGUGCAGCAAAGAGAGAGGCAAGGAGAGCGUGUCGUUUACUAACGAGAGGGGUGGGGGCGGACAGUAUGUAUUUCGAAGAGAGAAACGAAUCAUGUACAUUCUUGGCGAAGCUUUUUAUCGAACUUCGGUCGCGUAGACGAGUUUAUCAGAUGUGAGAUUGUAUCAAAGUUGUGCAUCGUCACCUCGAGUGCUCUGGAUAUUGUAGUGCCUUUCCAUUGCCGCGAAAACGUUACUCGUAGAACCGCGACAGAUGCGUGAAUGGAGAAAAGUGCUUUUGUGUACGGGGAAGCAUGCGGAACACCGUGAAACGAGAUGUGGAGUCAGUAGUCACUCUAAAGAUUAUCAACUUGCUAAAGAUUGCGCUUAUUAUGCACAGGGUCUGUGACAAUGCGGGAGAAGAAAGGAGGUGCUCUUAGCAGAGUACAAAAGCUGAAAAAAAGGCUUAGCCACAGCUUUGGAAGACUUUCAAUAUCAAAAGAAGAGGCUGAUGAUGCUGCAAACAGGGGUCAACUGCCGUAUAAUGGCUAUUCCGAGGAGUUCCUAGACCGUUUAGAACCAAACGGCAAUAUACCUGCAGAUAAGGAUCGUCGUUAUGAAUGGACAGGUGUGGGCGACCAUGAGAGAGUGCAUCGGCAGCUUUCCGUUUCUAGUGAUUCCAAGCUUCUCGACGAGGAUAUACGUGAAGAAGCGAGAGUAAUCUUAAGACCUCGGCGUCCACCGCGACCCAAGUCAGAGGUCUUCCUUGGGCCAGAUCCACCUCCUAGAAGAACCAAGAGAUUUUCAGCAUUUGGGGGAGAUUCUCCUUUCGGUAAAUCCGAAGCUUAUAUAAAACUGGAACAAUUAGGGGAAGGAUCGUAUGCCACAGUGUUCAAAGGCUAUAGUCAUCUUACAAAUCAAAUGGUGGCACUUAAAGAAAUUAGACUACAAGAGGAAGAAGGUGCUCCAUUUACUGCCAUCCGCGAGGCAAGCCUUCUUAAAGAAUUGAAGCAUAGCAAUAUCGUUACUUUACACGAUAUAAUUCAUACGCGCGAGACUCUUACUUUUGUUUUUGAAUAUGUUCAUACUGAUCUAUCGCAAUAUAUGGAGAGGUAUGGAAGCGGUAAUGGUGGUCUAGAUCCACGAAAUGUUAAACUAUUCUUAUUUCAAUUAUUAAGAGGAUUGGCGUAUUGUCACCGCAGGAGAGUAUUACAUAGAGACGUGAAGCCGCAAAACUUGUUAAUCAGUGAAAUAGGAGAACUUAAACUAGCAGAUUUCGGUUUAGCGAGAGCUAAAUCUGUACCGUCACAUACGUACUCGCAUGAAGUUGUGACAUUAUGGUACAGGCCACCUGAUGUUCUUUUGGGUUCCACAGAGUAUUCUACCUCGCUUGAUAUGUGGGGAGUAGGUUGCAUAUUUAUGGAGAUGUUGACUGGUGAACCAACAUUCCCAGGUGUACGCUGUACGUACGACCAACUUGAUAAAAUAUUCAAAGUAUUGGGUACUCCUACCGAAGAAACUUGGCCUGGUGUUACACACCUGCCAGGAUAUAAACCACAUAGACUGGGAUUCUAUCCUCCACGAAAAUUGGGUCUUUCAUUUCCUAGACUCUAUGAUAUUGCCGAAGGUGAUAGUAUGGCAUCGUCGCUUCUGCAGUUAAAUCCGGAUCAACGGAUUGGAGCUGAAGAAGCGUUAAGGCAUCCUUACUUUGCCUCUCUUCCUAGAAAACUAUACGAGUUGCCUGACGAAGUAUCGAUAUUUAGUGUUGAAGGUUGUCAUUUGUAUACAAAUUCGAGGCACGGGUGUGCAGAUUCGCGUCACACAGCCCUUAAGACUUGAGGUUAAAAGUAAAAGUAAAGAAAAAAAAAAGUAAAUGAUAAGUAAUUCCCAAAUUCACAUGUUCAAUGAAACGUUCAUUCUCAUACAGAUCAAAUUCACACAGGCAACAUGCCUUAAUUCACCUACACGUUAUUUCCACGCGCGUCAAUCGCUCUUUCUCAGGGCUGCUCUACAAAUUCCAAUCAUCGUUCACACACAUGUUGAUAUGUGCACACACAAACAUGAACACAUUCAUAUACAUAAUUGCGACAUUCGUAUUUUUGUUUCUUUUUUUCCUUUUUUUUUUCAAGACUAGUACACAUGUAUCAAAUGAAUUAACGAAGAUAAAUUAUUAACUGGCGAAGAAAAUACGAAAGUAAGCUAUCUGUGGCUAAAUGAAGUAAAACGAUUUUAUGAGAUUUGCACGCUCGAUUUAGAAAGCAAAAGCACGCACGACCCAUCCUCGCACUUCGUCCAAAUACUAGAUUUAGAUUGAUACCAAUCAAAAAAAAAGUACUACACCGCCUUGUGUCUCUUGAUCCCAAUCUGAGUGAAGUCUGGAGAUGGCGGUUUCUGGUUAGAAAAAAUAUAAUAAAAUAAUUAUAACUUAGAAAAAUUCUGGAAGACCUGUAAUACUUUAUAUGAAUUUUAUGCUGUUUUUGACUUUACCGUUGGUUGCUGAGACAGUUGAAUAUAUUGGUAUAUAACGAAAAAAAUCAUUGUUCGAAUUAAAACUAGUUGUUAAUUAUAUGACGUGAUGAUAGAAAAUAAAUAGAAGUUUAAGAAAAUAAGAUAUCAAUACGAAUCAAGUGUCGUAGCUACCAACACCAAGAAACACGGCAAGACUAACGAAGAAAAACUCAUCGUUGAUGAUAUCGACGGUAGUGAUCUAGUUGUAAGAAUUAAUAUUAGCAUCUAGGGUCGAUCGAAGUUCAUUAUCGACAUUUACAAAGUAGUAUCUAUCAGUGAUAGUAAAACAAGAACGAAGUAAUAAUUAUAGACGUAAUCAAAUCCAAUUUGUUCAAUCGCUCAUAUAUUUAACAGCCAAUGGUGCUUGAACGAAUUGUAGGAAUAAAAUGUUAAUAAUUUCGUAUUAGUUAUUUAGAAUGGACCGUUCGGCCAAUCUUGUUUCUAAAUGGUUUUCGAUGACCAUAUAUCUAAACGAACCAACUUUAAUAAUGUUGCAAUAGUAAUAUAGGAUAACAUAAAACGGUGUUACAGUCCUUCCGAGUUUUCUCUAAGCUACGAUGAUUAUUACGGUAAAAUAUUACUCCUUUAGUAGUUACAUUUAUACCGAUUUUUCAGCACACUUAUAAAAAUAUCAACGAGGCGAAAGCAAAAAAGAAAAAAAAUUGAAAAAUAUUUCGAAAAAAUUUGAGACACGUUAUUACUACUAUUAUUACUUAUUAAAAAUUAUUAUUUGAAAAAAGAAGCGCAGAAGGUAGAUUGUAUAUAGAACAACAGGUUCGUAUUAUUGAUGAUGCUGAGAUAGCUGAGCUGAACUAAUAAAUGUGACUUUGUAAUAAAUUAAA